AUGGCAGGGGAAACCACCAAGGACCACCCAUCCGCUUCCCUUUCACUCGCCGGCAAGGUGGCGAUAGUCACCGGCGGUUCCCGGGGAAUCGGCCGUGCUAUUGCCGUCCACCUCAGGUCACUUGGUGCAAGAAUUGUGAUCAAUUAUGCUUCCAACUCCACCCAAGCUGAUCUCUUAGCAUCGGAGCUCAACUCCUCCGGCGAGGCCUCUUCUCAUCCCGUAGCAAUCGCCAUUCAAGCUAAUGUCUCCGACCCAGAUCACGUCAAGUCCCUAUUCGAUCGAGCCGAGGAAGAAUUUAAAUCCCAAGUUCAUAUCCUCGUGAAUUGUGCCGGAGUUCUCGAUCCCAAAUACCCAUCAAUAGCCAACACCGCCGUUGAAGAUUGGGACAGUACCUUCUCCGUCAACACCAGAGGAGCGUUCCUGUGCUGCAGAGAGGCGGCGAAUCGGGUGGCGCACGGCGGCGGAGGAAGGAUUAUUCUGAUAACAACAUCGGUUGUUGGGUCAUUGUUACCUGGGUAUGGGGCUUACGCAGCCUCGAAAGCGGCGGUGGAGACGAUGGUGAAGAUUGUAGCAAAAGAGUUGAAGGGUACUGGGAUUACGGCGAAUUGUGUUGCUCCGGGGCCGGUGGCGACGGAGCUGUUCUUCGCCGGCAAGACGGAGGAGAUGGUUAAGAGGUUGGUGGAGGCUUGUCCUCUGGGGAGAUUGGGGGAGCCGGAGGAUAUUGCUCAGGUCGUUGGAUUUUUGGCUAGUGAUGCUGGUGAGUGGGUCAAUGGGCAGAUCAUUCGUGUCAAUGGUGGAUUUGUUGUUUAG